GAGUAGAUGGGGUGACAGAGACCCUCAGCCUGACCAGCAGAUGACUGGGCUCCCCUCCAGGGACUGGGACAGCGGGCAGAGGCACUCCGGAGCUUUGCCCACAGCUGCUGCUCCUUUCCAGACAGAAAGGAGCAAGUGUGCGUUGGUGGGGGUUGGGGGCUGCUCAGACCUUGGACACAGGCCUCCCUGGGCUCUGGGGGCUGUGUCCUGGGGGACUUAACAGGGCCCAGGAAGAACUGGGAAGGGCCCAGAGGCCUGAGCCCGGAGGCAGGGGCUGAGGUGGCUUCUCUUCACCUGAAGGGCCAGGCAGAUCCCAGACACAGGCCCCACUGUGCUUAAGGAGCUGUUCCCUGGGAGGGGCUUGGGUGAGGCCCUGAGGAGAAACCUGGGAGCUCCCUGGGAGAAGGACAGAGAGCGCGGGGAGAGGACUUGGACCUGGAACUGGCUGCUUCUCCACCACCGGGCAGGAAGGACCUGAAGGAGGGAGAUGGCGGACUGCUACACAGAUCUGGAGAAGGCUGUCGUUGUCCUGGUGGAGAACUUCUAUAAAUACGUGUCUAAGCACAGCCUGGUCAAGAACAAGAUUAGCAAGAGCAGCUUCCGCAAGAUGCUUCAGAAAGAGCUGAACCACAUGUUGACGGACACGGGAAACCGAAAGGCUGCGGACAAACUUAUCCAGAACCUGGACGCCAACCAUGACGGGCGCAUCAGCUUUGACGAGUACUGGACCUUGAUAGGCGGCAUCACCAGCCCCAUUGCCAACCUCAUCCGUGAGCAGGAGCAGCAGAGCUAGAGGCCUGACCCCUGCCAGCCCUGGCGUUCGUCCCAGCCUCCCUCAGUCUCCUGGCCUUCCCAGCCCCUUUUCUCCUCCUCUCUCUGGACUAUCUCCUGACCUUUGCUGCCCAGUGGAGCGGAGAUAGCAGAGUUCCUUGUGAGAGUCUCAGUCUGAGGAUGCUUCCCUCAGGGUCUCAGUCCCUGGAGCCAGCAGACCCUCAGGGCUCCUCUAGGAGAUCUCAAUGCUGUUGGGGACCCCCAAAAUCUCCUCUGCUGUUCAGUCCAUCUACCCUUCCAACACCUGAUGUUCCUGUCUGGUUCCUGCCUGAUUCUGCAUCUGUGUUGACAAACAGAGGCAAGUUUACUGAUGAGGUCUCUCUGUUCCCGGUGGCAGCAGCAGGGACCUUGCCCUUCCCCUCAGCCCUUUCUGGGGUGGGGUCAGGGGGGAGAAGCACCUUCAGGGACUCCCCUCCAGCUGCCCCUGUCUGGGAAUGAGCUAAACAGGGCUGAGCACAUCCCUUUGCUCAGCCAUUGAAAUACUGGCAAUAAAGGCUGGAUUUGGAGUUUGCA